AUGGUCUUCAUAAACAGUGUUCGCUUUUAUCGCCCAUUCUGGCUCUGCAUGCAACUGCUAGCUCCCAGCUUUUUCAAGAAGUCCACCGGACCCUGCGUCCGUGCUUAUGAGGUGGUUCUGCACGUCCUGGUCACCGCCUGGUUUCCUCUACACCUGCUACUGCAUCUUCUGCUGCAUCCCUCUCCGGCAGAUCUCUUCAAGAACCUGACCAUGUCGUUGACUUGUGUGGCCUGCAGCCUGAAGCAGGUGGCUCAAUUGUACCGCCUGCCCGAAAUUGUGGAAAUUGAGUCCCUGAUUGGGCAACUGGAUGCUUGCAUCGAGGGCGAGCGGGAGCUUCGCUACUACCAGGAUCAUUUGCUAUGCCGAGCCAGGCGCUUCACCCGAUGCCUGUACAUUAGUUUCGGAAUUGUCUACGUGGUGUUCUUAGUCGGUGCUUUUGCUAAGCUCUUCAACGGAAAUCGGGACCUUAUUUAUCCCGCAUAUUUUCCGUUUGAUUGGAAUAGAAACCAAUAUCUCUUUGGUAUGGCCUAUGGCUACCAAAUGUUCAGCAUCAUAGUCGAAGGCUUCCAGGGCUUAUCCAAUGAUACCUACUCGCCCUUGACCCUAUGCUUCUUGAGCGGACAUCUUCACCUUUGGGCCAUUCGAAUGGCCAGGCUUGGCUUUGAAGAGGAGAAGAAGGAGACUCCCAUGGAGCAACAUCAAAGGUUGCUGGAGUAUAUCGAACAGCACAAGCUGCUGAUGAGACUUCAUCACUUGACCAGCCGGACCAUUAGUGCCGUGCAGCUGGUCCAGCUGGGCGGUUGUGGUGCCACUCUGUGCAUCAUCGUUUCCUACGUGCUGUUCUUUGUCAGAGACUUCAUGUCGCUGGUCUACUACCUGGUCUUCUUCGGCGUGGUCUGUGUGCAGCUCUUCCCUAGCUGCUACUUUGCCAGCGUCGUGGCCGAGGAGGUACACCGUUUGCCGUACGCGAUCUUCUCAAGCCGCUGGUACGAUCAAACCCGAGGCUAUCGUGGCGACCUGCUCAUCUUUACCCAACUUACGUUGGGGGCCACCAACCUGAUGAUGCGGGCCGGGGGCCUCAUCGAGUUAAAUUUAAAUGCCUUUUUUGCCACCCUGAAGAUGGCCUACUCCCUGUUCGCCGUUGUGGUGCAAAUGAAGGGCAGAUGA